AUGGCUCUUAAGUACCUCAUUACUGGUGCGACCGGCGGACUGGGUGAGCAAACCCUUGCAUACUUCGUUGCCAAUUGCCCAGCCACCGAAUACGCCGCCGCGUCUUCGAGGGAGUCGAAUCGCAAGCAAUUCGAGGAUCGAGGUAUUGCUUUUAGGCAUGCAAACUACGACGAUCCAGAGACGCUGGAGGCGGCGUUUCAAGACGUAGAGAAUCUGCUCUUUGUUAGCACCAAUGUGUUCGAUAACGUGAAGCGCAAAAGACAGCACGAGAAUUUCGUUGCUGCGGCUAAGAAAGCGGGCGUUAAGCAUGUCUGGUAUACUUCACUUUCCUUCGGUGGUUUAGAAUCUACCUCAAAAGCAGCAGUUCAGAAAGUUCAUCUUGAAACCGAGGAUCUACUUAAAGAAUCGGGAGUCACAUUUACCUCCGUCCGCGAAGGAGUCUACACCGAAGCAUUCCCCGUAUUCAUCAACUGGUUUCCAACAACCAGCACGAUUUCCCUCCCAUCAGACGCCCCUAUCUCCUUUACAUUGCGCACCGAGCUCGGCGAAGCAACAGCUCGUCUAAUGAUCGCCGGCGGCCACGAGAACGAAAUUGUCCUCUUAACAGCCCCGGAAGCCAUCCGACCCUCGGAAAUCGUGGACGUGAUUAACAAGACGACAGGUCGACAGGUCAAAUUCGAGCUGGUCUCACCGGACGAGUACGUCCGGCUGAAUGGAGAAAAUGAUCUAGGCGGCAAGCCGCGAGCAUUCUUUGAGAUGACCAAGUCAUGGUGGGAUGGUAUUACUAAGGGUGAAUUGCAGACGACUCAUCCACUGAUGAAGGAGAUUUUGGGGAGAGAGCCUGUUAAGGCGAGUGAUGCUAUUCGGAAUCUGUUGACAGAGAACCCGGACUUUACUUGGCAUCAGAAUUAUGCGUAA